UGUAUUGCAAUAUUGACUUUGUUUGGCAACAAUAGUAUACAACAUAUAUGAGUGAUGUUGUAGUGGGAGGUGUGGUAUGUGUUGAGUGGGCGGACACUAACUGUUUGUUAUAAAGUGAAGGCUUGACUGCAAUUGAAUGAAAGUCUUAUUACAAUCACUGCUAUUGUUGUGACCAAAGAAGACACGGACACCAAAACCACAGAUAUAUACUUACCAACUAUUAUUUGGCCAAACAGUGUGACCUCCGGCCAGUGUCGGUGUGUGCGGGCAUAUGUUAAGUGCUGGUGAGUGACGGCUCCGGGUGUGGUCGUCAUCAGUGACGGCCAUUUCAAUUGGAUGUCUUUGAUUUCAGUCAAACAGAUUGACAUUUGAUGACAACCUGUGCCACACAUACUAUACCAUACAUACCAUACAUACAGGAAAUUUAAAAUUUUAUCACAUUUUUUGAACCACGAAAGAUUAAAAUUCAUAAAAAUAGCUUUUGAUUGAUAUUAUGGACAACCACUCGGAUUCAUCGACUUCAGUGACCGAUGAGGAAGAAGAUGACAAUAGUCGUCAAAAAAACGAGACAACAACUGUUGAGUCGAUGCUAAAGAUGUCACCCAAAAUGUAUACCGAAGGGACAGAUGAUCCCAUUAUGGAGGACCAGUCAUCUCCUCCUCUUUCCAAACAACAGUUUGAAGAGGACAAGAAAGCUGUCUAUAAGCACCCACUGUUUCCAUUGCUAGCAUUACUAUUGGAGAAGUGCGAGAGUGCGACCUCAACAUUGAAUACCUCAUCCAUAAGUGGUCCCUCUUUUAAUGCUGAGAUAAUGGCAUUUGUUGAGCACCAACAAAGAGAUGGCAAACCAUUUCUUAGUGAUAAUCCUGAAGUGGACUCACUUAUGAUUAAAGCUAUUCAAGUCCUUAGAAUUCAUUUAUUAGAGUUAGAAAAAGUUUCAGAUUUAUGUAAAGAUUUUUGUCAACGAUAUAUCACCUGUUUACGCACAAAAAUGAGUUCAGAGAACUUACUUCGUGGCACUUCAAGUGUCGGCGCCAACUCUGAUAAUAACUCCAAUAGUGCCAACUCUUUAUUUGAUGGCUCGUCGUGUUCUUCAGAUGCAGAAUCUGAUGACUUUCCCAUCAGUUCAUCACAAACAACAUUUCCCUCAAACUCAACUCCUCAAACCGUUUACCAAAUGGUUCAAACGGCACAGGGAUUAGUCGCACAACCUAUCCAUUUGAACUCAACUCAGCAAAUAAGUGGAUCCACGCCUAUCACCCAAAUUGGCACAAAUAUUAGCCAUAAUAAUACUAAUAAUAAUAAGAAUUUAAUCCAUAAGUCACAUCAUGUCAGUAGAGAUAGCGAUAAUGACGAUGAAAUGAGUGAUGAUUUAGAUAGUAAUCACAGCACUGGCAGCAAAAAGAAGCAACAAAAGAGAGGUGUACUCCCAAAACAGGCCACAUCUAUAAUGAGAUCAUGGUUGUUUCAACACAUUGUGCAUCCGUACCCAACUGAGGAUGAAAAACGAACCAUUGCUUCGCAAACGAAUCUCACAUUACUUCAAGUGAACAAUUGGUUUAUUAAUGCUCGUCGAAGAAUACUUCAGCCAAUGUUGGAUACGGCAAAUACAUUGGGUGACAAUCAGUCUGUUCCCAAUCAAAGCACAUCCAAAAGUGUGACUAAGAGUUCGACACCCAAGAAGCUGAAGACAUCUAACUCUAUGCAACGCUUUUGGCCGCAAUCUAUAGCCAACUCAAUACAAGGUCUCUCUCAAAGUGAAUCUUCUAAAUAGAGAGCUUUUAUGGGCAAAGGAUUGCUUUUACAUUAAAUGUUUAAAUGUAUAGUCAUUAAUGCCAUUAUGUCUUGAGUCUAAUUUGCAGACAGUAUUAUUGAUCACAUUAUGUAUUAUAGUACACAUACCAUACAAUUUAUAAUAAUAAUAAUAGAUUUUCUAAUACUAUUUAAUUGCCUCUACUUAUAAAUAUAUAUA